AUCACGCAAGCGUGGGCCGAAGUCAAAAGUUUAAUUAAGAUUUUGCAUGGUCAGCAAAAAAAAAAAAAAAAAAAGGCACGAACGUUUAUGAACGCUAAUUGGGGUAUUUUUUUGACGUUCGAGAUGCUUUUUAUAUAUCGGGAAGGUUUAAUUCUGACGGUUUUGUUUGGGUUGUGCGCGUGCCAUGACGCAGAAGCGGAAGGAGAAGAGAAAUUCCGCAUUGAGGGCCGCGCGCUCGUGCACGGCGUGAGAGCAGAGCAGUGGACUCCGCUAGCGCACGUGCAGCUGGAUAGACAGGAGCAUGUCGGCUUCGUCAGACUUGAUGGAAGUUUCACAGUAAAUGAUGUGCCGUCUGGAUCAUAUGUGGUCCAUAUUGUGUCCCCAGUCUACAGAUUCGAGCCUGUCAGAGUUGACAUUACUUCAACAGGCAAAAUGCGUGCCAGAAGAGUCAACUAUAUCAAGACAUCUGAGGUAUUGCAAUUGCCUUAUCCUGUUCAGAUGACAUGUACAGGACAUCAUUCAUACUUCACAAAACGAGACACAUGGGGUUGGUCUGAUUUCUUCAUGAACCCUAUGGUUCUCAUGAUGGUUCCUCCUGUUUUGAUCAUCCUUCUUCUCCCAAAGCUAAUCAACAUGAAUGACCCAGGGAUGAGAAGGGAAAUGGAACAGUCAAUGAGUAUGCUCAAUCCCAGCACUGAGAUUCCGGAUGUAUCUGAGCUCAUGACCAAGUUCUUUGCUCCACCUAAAUGCCAAAGCAAAUCAACUCACAGGGGACACAGAGGUAGUGGUCCACGCAGGAGAUAACAUGUAUGUGAGCAAGAAGACAUGUUACACAUGCUUUUGUUUUAUUCUGAUUUUCCCUUUUCAGUCUUUUGCUAAAUUACUAUCACAAAUUGUGAGCCAUGAGAUUUCAAAUAUGUUUGAUGCUGUUACCAUCGACGGGGUUUUAGUUCUGUAUGUUUUUAUUACUUUGCUUUUUGAAUACCUUCUCUUAUUACAGUUCUGUUCUUAUUGUGCCAGAAUUUAUCGAGUGUUUGAGCUACUGGCUUAUUUAAUGCAUUGUGUGGACUUUGUCUGCAUGCUAUUAAAUUACUUUAGAACCUCUGAUUAGAAAAUGUGGGUCUCCAAAAAGCAACAGCCUUGGCUGACUAUGAAGGAAGUUGAAUGCUUGAAGGCUAAAUAUAUCACUAGUGAGAGUAAGACGGGCUGUAAGGGACAAGGGGUAAGAGAAACUGAGACUGAUGUUGGUUAUUGGGUAAUGCUUCUUUUGUGGAUGGGGACAUUUGACUGUUUGUAACCUUUAGUUACAGUGUAAACACCUAUCAUGUUGAUCAAUUUGUUGUGACAUCUAUUUCAUAGACUGUGAAAUAUUUUUGGAUGUUAUGACUGCAUGAACAUGAUGAAAUAACUUAACAUAAUUUAUACUACCCAUACUAAUAUAUCUUUAAAAAACUUAUAUAAUAAAGAAACAUUUGAACCAACAGUG